AGGUUUGACAGCCACCUCCACCCAUCCUCCUUCUUCAAUCUCUCUCAUCCUCACAAACCCCAUUUUUCACUCUCUUUCUCAUGCCAAAACUUUCAUUUUUGUCUCACAAGUCACAUCCACCAUUUUUAAUAAAAUCUCUUCACAAUUUCACAAAGAAAAGCCACCGGAAAAAAAUGUCGGGUGGGGUUGGCCCCAACAACGAUGGCGUAGUUAGAGACGAAACCAAAUACGAACAAAAAACACCACGCUCCAGAAGGCAACCAAAAUCCCAUUUCCUCCGUCGCAUAUUCUCCUUCCAACAACUCAACUCCCUUGCUCUGGUGGUGGUGCUCUCCGCCUCCGGCAUGGUCGCCAUUGAAGACUUCGGCUUCGUAGUCCUUUCCUUCUUCUACAUGUACUUCAUGUCCAAGGUCGUAUUUCCUACCCUCUCUCCGGCCCACAACCAAUCCGUUUUUGACGAUAACAAUAGCCUCCUCAUCCUUUACUGCUUCCUUGGAGCUGUCAUUGGCCUGUUUCUUCCGGUGGGAUACAUAUUUGAAGGAAUUCUUGAAGGAGAUAAAGAAGGUAUAAAAGCAGCGACCCCACAUGUAUUCUUGUUGGCUAGCCAGUUGUUUCUGGAAGGGGUUGCGUUUUCCGAUGGGUUUUCGUUGCCGAUGAGGGCAUUGGUGUCUGUGGUGUACAAUUCGACAAGGAUAUAUACGGUGAUGUCGUGGGUGAGAAGUGAGAUAUCGAAGGUGGAUGAUGAGGAUUUCCAUGGGAGUAGAAGAAGGUUGUUAAUUGGAAGAGUGUUGGCGAUUGCUAAUAUGAUGUACUGGAGCUUUAACCUAUUUGGGUUUCUAUUGCCGUUUUAUCUUCCUCGAGCUUUCGAGAGAUACUACUCCAAGGCCAAGAAGAUCAAAGAUAAAGAUCGAUGAGGAAAACAUUAAUUAAGGUUCUUUUUUUUGCAAAGAUAUAUAUGAUACAUUUUCAUUUUUUAUUAGGAUGUAUAUAUAGGGUGUACUAAUUAGAAGACCUAUAACUUGAUGGGGCAUGUGGUUUUAGGUAGACAAAGGUGAUGUUGUGAAUUGUGAUGCUAGUCAGUGAUAUUUUCCGAUUGAUAGGUGUAACUUGUGCUUAUUACUUUUGGUAAUUUUAGUGAAGAUGUGAUCUUGUAAGAUGUUAA